AUGAAUUUCAGGCGCAAGUUUGUCAUCGUCGUCGCUGCCUUCAUGCUCAACUUUUCCGGCUGUGGACUACUUUUCAGUUUCGGAAUAUACCAAUCGCUAUAUGAAGACAUGUCUCGCGAAGAGGGUAAUCCAUUCAGCGGUGCUUAUUCUGCUGAAAUUUCCUUGAUCGGCAGUAUUGCGGCGGCUUUGAUGAAACUGGGUGCUCCUUAUGUGGUGGCUUGGUCCAAAUACUUCGAUCCCAAGCCAGUGAUUCAUGCCGGUGGUAUACUAUACGGUGUCGCCAUGGUGUUAGCCAGCUUUGGAAAGACAUUGUGGCAUUUCCAGCUUACCCAAGGGCUGUUGGUUGGUGUUGCAACAUGCCUCUCCUUUAUGCCGUCCAUGGUCGUUCCGCCCAGCUAUUUUGGAAAAUACCGAGGACUGAAUAUGGAAAUCAUCUCAGCUGGCACUGGUAUCGGAGGUCUAGUGUGGUCUCCUAUUCUCACAUCCUGCCUUCAAAGCAUUGGACUCCGAGACACCUUGCGCCUGACAGGCUGCCUUUGCACCAUUUUGAUUUGUGGAUCAGGCACUGUUCUCAGCUGGGAGCCAAAGAUGGCUGCACAUCUUCAAGAAGACAACAAGUCGAGUUCUUGGAUUUCGGGCCUUCUCAAGGUCCCACUUCCCCCUCGGGAGAUCGUGAUGAGCCGCAAGUUCCUCGCUCAGAGUCUCAAUGCCGUUUUCCAGAGUGCAGCAUACUACACCCCGAUCUUUUAUAUUGCCGCUUACUCGAAAACGCUCGGCUACAGCGACUCGGACGGCUCCAACUUUACUUCUUUGAGCAAUGCUUGCAAUGCAAUUGGCAAGGUUGGUGUUGGCUUUAUUGCGGAUAAGAUUGGUCGCCUUGAUUCUUUCUUUUUGACAACGCUGUUGAGCUCGGUUUCGACGGCUGGAUUGUGGAUCCCAAGCACAGUCAUGGGCGCUUCCAAUGAACACUUGGGCAAGGGGCUGUUUAUAGGAUUCACCGUUCUAUAUGGAUUGUUUGCAAGUGCAUACAUUGGCCUGUUUUCGCCUGCAUUGGUCGAGUUCUUCGGCAUGAGCAACAUGCCCCGAAUUACGGGAAUCAUGUAUUUCCUGCAGGGUGCUGCGGGCUUUGUUGGAACCCCUGUUGCGGGUGUUUUGGUCAAAUCUGUGAAUGACCAACUCACACCAUCGAGCUAUUUGUAUAUGGCAGUCUUCGUGGGGGCCUUGAUGGUUGCCUCGACGGUGACCGUGAUGUGGGCUCGGAUGGAAGUGAUGGUGGAACGUGCUGGCGGAAGAUGGAAGUGGCAGUGGAAAUUGUAG